GUCUGUUGUUGACCGUUCGCUAGUCGGGUUGACUUAGCAAGGCUUUUCCUUCGUCUUCCAUAAACAAGAUCCAUACUUCGAUUCUUCAACACGUUCUUUUUUUUUUCUCUUUUUUUUUUGCGAAUAACGCGUCGCUCUUUUGUUUUUUAAAUUGCACAUAUCGCAGAUUUCAAAAAUCUCCAACUCGCCCGACGCCCAGUUGCGAUCCCGUAUACCCUCCGAAUUGCGGUUCUUGCCAAGCUAGACUAGAACGGCGCACUUUAGUCUUGGGGAAACAACUUUGGACCCUGACGUCCAUCGCCACGACAACGCCUCUCUGUACGCGCCGGUCUGCGUACAAUUUUUACGAGUUCCAACUAUUGCAACAGCCAGGUACAAUAAUUUCCGAUUCAAAAUUUCGCAACCUCUUCCGACCCGACGAUAUUACGAGAAGGAAAUAGUUACCGCAUACAAGAGAUGCCCGCGAAGUCGCUAUUCGCCAACUCACAGCAGUGAUCCCAACCUCAAUAUAUCGUAUUUUCGUGUUCGAGUACUUGUGCGCGUGCCAGAGUUGUAUAUAGCGACGGAAAGUUGCUGUGCGACUGGGAUCACAGUCCUCGACGCCGAAGGCGGCUUAGAAGGAGCGUAUAAGCCGGUAAUCAAGGGGCUCGCUGGCCUUUCUCUGCUCCACAAUGGCUGGACCACCUAGUAUCAUUUCCUCCCGGAUGACGGAUAUCAACUCCGACGACGAAGGCAACAAGGAGGCACAGGGCUCAACCAACGGAAAUCGUCGUAGCCAGUUGGAGAACCUCUCACGGCCGGGGACCGCAAGAACCGGGCUCUCUUCAAGGACUCAGAAUCAACCCCUCCGCCAUACCCUGGGCAAGCGUACCAGCGCUGCCGCAAGCAGUGUUGCGAGCGGGCGUCCUGGAAGCUCUCUUAGUCGGAGUCACGUCCCGUCGCUUACAUCACAUGCAUUCUUCCAUCCCAUGAGCUCCCAAAAGCUUCAGGCUCAAAGAAGCGGGACUCGACCUACGAUGUUGCUCCGACAGCAUAGCCGUGGCGACAUCGAGCUGUCCCGCGAUGGGCGUAGUGUCACUCGCCAGAGUGUCACGUCGGAUUUCACCAACCCGCAGAUGAUGUCACGCCUGGCUCAGUCGCAAUCGGCAUAUGACAGCGAACAACUGCGGCCACCAGGAUCACGCGGAACCGAGGCGACAGAUCUUGAUGGAGGAGCGGACAGGGUCACCGCAAAUACCAGCCCGACUUAUGGUCACUAUCCGACUGGUAGCUUGUCGGAGAGCGUGCGACCACUUCAGAAGAAGCCCGGGGAGGGCAGGAAUAACAGUCUCACUGUUCGUGUGGAUAGGAACUACAAGUCAAGGGACAAUCUUCCCACUCCGGUUAGGACCCCCCGCUCCUUCCGCUCCAGCUUCAUGCUUCCGACACGGAAUGGCUCACCGCAGACCGGUGUGAACCGGGAUAUUCAGGGCGGCGAGAAGCUCGAGUCCGUGGCUUCCACUCCUCAGCUCAGCCCAGCCGAUGCUGUCGCCCCAACAGCAAACGCGUCGAAUGGGGAAAAGAUGGCCGUCGCCGUUGGUCGCAACUUCGAAUUCUUCGAAGGCAACACUGUCUUCUUUCUGGGCGGGCGCUUCCAAAACACCCGGUCGACACCCAUCAACAUCGCUACCGGAUCUCUCGUGGUAAUCCCAUCGAUUCUGUGGUUUGCUUUCAGUGCACCGUGGCUCUGGGAAAACGUCUCGCCUGCAGUUCCCAUAACCUUUGGAUAUCUGUUUUAUAUCUGCAUUUCCUCUUUUGUCCACGCAUCAGUGUCGGAUCCAGGGAUCCUGCCGAGGAAUCUACAUCAGUUUCCUCCGCCGGACGAAAACGAAGAUCCGCUGCGACUGGGUCCACCGACUACAGACUGGACACUGAUAAGAUCUGCCGAGAGCUCGACGUCAGCAAUGGAAGUCCCGACCAAGUACUGCAGAACAUGCAACAUCUGGCGGCCACCGCGCACACAUCACUGCCGCCUUUGCGAUAACUGCAUCGAGACUGCUGACCACCACUGCGUAUGGCUCAACAACUGUGUGGGACGCCGCAAUUACCGGUACUUCUUCGCAUUCGUCACAUCCACCACCCUACUCUCCAUCUACCUCCUCGGAUCCUGUCUAGGGCAGAUAACGACAUACGCUAGCCUGGAGAACAUAUCUGUCGGGCAAGCCAUCGACCACUUCCGCGUACCGUUUGCUCUGGUCAUCUACGGAUUCCUGGGUUUCUUGUACCCUGCCGCCCUGAUGCUCUACCAUGUAUUUUUGAUGGCGAGAGGCGAGACGACAAGGGAGUUCCUCAACUCUCACAAGUUCUUGAAAAAGGACCGGUACAGAGCUUUCACCCAGGGCAACUGGGUCAAGAACUGGAUCGUGGUGCUCUGCAGACCUCGGCCGCCCACAUAUUACCGCUUCAAGGAGAUCGCGGUGCAAGGUGAUCAAAGACUUGCGGCGAGGAAGAGAUCGGAGCUCCGACGGGCCGAGACCAAGGAGGGCAUGGAGAUGCAAGAUGUCGGGCCUGCAAGCGUAGGGUUUCAAGGGCCGACUUCCCGAGCCGCGGCUGCAGCAUGACGACUCGUGACGUACAAAGCCUUUUCACGUCAUUCAUUUUAAAUCCGGUCCCUAUUCAACCGUCUGUUUUAUUUUAUGUGUUUUUAUCCUUUUUCCCGUUGUUUCUUUUUUUUAAAAAAAUUAUAUGAUAUGCGUUGCCAAGCGAUCUAUCUCGUUUUCUUCCGUUCUUACACAUGUUUUAUUUGAUCAGCUGGAAGAUAAUGCACGGAGACCUUCCAAGUUCUGGGACAGGAGCUGUAUAUACCUUGGCUGUGCUUGCAAUUUGGAAUGUGGCGGGGUGGGAGUGGUGGAAAAUCCAGAGCGCGGCUUGCGAAAAAUUUCCUUGUGACUCCUGACUUACUUUUUUUCUCGACGAUAAUACAAUAGUGUAAUCUUGCUUUUGACUC